AUGGUCAAUGUUCUUUCGAUUGCUAGCCGGUUGGCUAUGAUGACCUUGUCGUACGUGGUUGGGGCGAUUCAGCCGCCGCUACAGUCGAUUUUCUCCACGCAUCCCGAUCUGAUGGGCAUUCUUCUGGUGCUUGUCAUUUUCUACGUGUCUUUGCUGGUGUUGAAGCAGAGUCUGCGGUCGUUCUGGGGGCUGAUCACGACGUUUGUGCGGAUGUUUGUGUUGUUGGCGGUGGUUGGAGGUGCUGGGUGGGUCUAUGUGCGAGGGGUGGGUGGCACGAUUGACGACAUUCAGGCGCUGAGGGCUGGCAAGAUGGACCAGUUUAUGGACGGCGACUACCAGACGUACAAGCAGGGGUUUGAUUACUCGCGCAAGUUGUACGAGGAGGCUGCGAAGAUGAAGGGUUCGGGCGGCGGUCAGUAUGACUGGAAGGAGAUGAUGGACCGGGUGGACACUGCCGAGGUUGCUCAGUUGUGGGAGCGGUUCACCCGGGGUUUUUGA